AUGGCUGCUCCUGAAGUUCCCAAGACCUGCAAGGUCAUCACCGCCGACACCAUCGCCAAGGGACUCCUCACCGAGGUCAAGGAGACGCUGGCCAAGGUUCAAGGUUCCAACCCCGGCGAGCCUACGCUUGCUGCGUUCCUCGCCAAUGGUGAUCCCGCCGCCGUCAAGUACGCCGAGUGGUCUAAGAAGACGUGUGAAGAGAACGGCUUCAAGUUCGACCUCCGAACGGUUGACAAGGAGCUCCUCGAGGAGGAGAUCAUGAAGGCCAACGAUGACGAGAGCGUCGACGGCAUGAUCGUCUACUACCCCAUCUUCCCCCAGAACCCUACCCACGACAAGUACGUCCAGGAGACUGUCGAGCUCGGCAAGGACGUUGAGGGUCUUCGACACAAGCACAUUCACAACAUGUACCACAACAUUCGCUUCCUGGAUGCCCCCGAGAACCGCAAGAAGUCUAUUCUGCCCUGCACUCCUCUUGCCGUUGUCAAGAUCCUCGAGUACCUGCAGAUCUACAACCCCAUCCUGGCCUCGGGCAACCGACUUUUCGGAAAGACCAUCACCGUCAUUAACCGAUCAGAGGUCAACGGCCGUCCUCUUGCCGCUCUUCUCGCCAACGACGGUGCUACCGUUUACUCUGUGGAUGUCACUGGCGUCCAACUCUUCACCCGAGGACAGGGUAUCAAGAAGGCCCGCCACCAGGUCGAGGACAAGGAGGGCUGGGGAUUGAAGGACUGCCUUCCUCUGAGCGACGUCGUUAUCGGCGGUGUCCCCGUCGAGUCUUUCAAGGUCCCUACCGAGCUCAUCCGUGAUGGUGCUGUUUGCAUCAACUUCUCCUCGUACAGGAACUUUGACGGCCCUGCCAUCAAGGAGAAGGCCUCGAUCUAUGUGCCCUCUGUCGGCAAGGUCACUAUUGCUAUUCUGUUGAGAAACUUGGUGCGCCUCAUUGCCAACCGACCGUCCAAGGAUGAGUCGGACAAGAAGAACAUCGAGGCCCGGGCUGAGGCCUUUGCUGACGACUAG